UCGUUUUCGCUCCUGUGCUAUCCCGGUGUGACGUUGUGCGGACCACGCUCCGGAUGAACCCGUCAACGAUUCGUAUCUCGCUUCAAAAUGCAUGGAGCUCUCCCUGCCGACAACGUAUUCCUUCUGGCGCUUCUGCUGUACAACCUUUCCCCAUGCCAGGCCAAGAACGAAGAGGACAACCCUGUGAAGAAUUUUUUCACAGACAUGAACACCGCCAUCACGUCCGUCAUCGCCUCCAAGUUCAACGUGGCGAUGCGGCUCCUCCAACAAGACUUCACGAAAUACUUCCGCGCCGUUUUGGCCAGAUGGACGCAAGACCUCUCCGUCCGAACAAAUGAAGCUCGUUUCGACAACUUGGACAACUUCUCGGACCAGGAGAUCCUCGCCCACGCCUACAAAAUCGCCAACAUGUCGACGCCAAGGACAUCCAACAGUUCGAGCACGACUUCUGAACGUCCUUCGGACGCGAAAGAGGCUGAACCGUUAGAGGAUGCGGACGAGGAAAUCGUGAAGAUCUCAAGCGUUGAUGAGGAAGAAGACACUUGGGACGCCGACCUGGCAGUCAAUGAUGGGUCAGAAAACUCUGUAAACGGUGAUUUUGAUAGUGGAGAUGACAGUGCGAACGAAUUCGAUGAACCUGACGGUGGAGAGCCAGUGAUACGAGUAGUAGAUAGUGCCAUUUCUCUUAUCGACUCGGAGAGUAAUGCUAAGAAUUCAGACACAGAAUCGAUAAUACAGUCAAGAGAUCAAGUUGACUCUGACAUAAUGAAUCAUUCGAGAGAUCAAACAGAUUCUGACAUUGUGAAUCUUGCCUCGCAGCUUGCUCGGCUGAACGGCACCACAAGAGUGUCGCAAGACAGUCUGCUGGAUGAGGCGAAUGCCAUCGUUGAUGAAGAACGUUUUAAAACUCUCAAUGCUUUUAAUGUAACGUCGUCAAAUGCUUCAACAGGUACGGAUAUUCACGUAAAUGAUACGCACGUGACGCGUCCAGGGUUAGAUGUACUCAUCUCAAAAUCGUUGAAAUUACCAUUUGAAAUUAUUAACAACGAAGCUAAUAAGAAUGUGAGUGAUACUACUUUAGAUGCCGUUAACGUUACAUUCACGAAAGUAACGGCUAUUGACGAAAGAUAUCAUAACGUGACGGGCUUUGUUUUAAACGCUCACAGCUCGGCACCUGAAAAUACAUCACAUGAGAUUAACAUUGAACAUAAACAUGGAACAAGUGCUCCUCACAGCUCAAUAGCUGAAAAUAUGUUACAUGAGAUCAACAUUGACGGAAAAAGUAUGAAUAUGUCAAACAUCACGUUUGAUGCCAGUGACUUAACAACGACUAAUAUAUCAACAGGAUUAAUCAUGGACGAUAAGCCUAGACAUGUUAUAUCAAGUAUUUCUUUGAGUUCCCCAAGUAGCUUGGUGUCAAAGUCUGGCGCAGCUUUAAUUAACAUAACCUCAAUGAAAAUCACUCUAACUGGUGAUAACUCACCGACCGGCGGGAUAAUCGCCUCGAAUUUCAGUUCAGUGCCGAUAGUCAGUGCAACCUUUUCAACCCCAACGACGGAAGUGAACCCUGGUAGGAGUAGUACAAAGCUUGCGAGUGAAAGUAAUUUCAACGAAAAGAAGAUGCCAGCGCCGUGGCCCAAGGCAACGCCCUCAAAUGUAGCAUCGAAAGGCAACGGCAGCGAAAGGAGAGGAUUUGCAGAGCUGAUGAUUUUCGAUGCCGCCGACCCUGCCUUGGACGAAGAACAGCCUCUCUCGCCUCCUUUUAUGAAGAAAGACAUAAUUAUUACGCAUACCGUGGACUUGAACGCCCGUCCUCCCGAACCUAUAAAGAUGACGGCCGAAGAACAUAAAUUGCUGCGCGUUAAAACGCCAAGCGAGAGCAACAGAAAUGGUUUCUUAAAUUCUCAAAAAAUUGAUAAUCUCGCGUCGCCGAGUUCGACUUACAGUAAACCUCCAUCGAAGCUUAGACAAAAGAGGGAGAUCUCGAAUUGUCUAUCCGGGAGCAACCUUAGACUUCCUCUUCUUUGUGCUUUGAAAUCCAAAUUCACGGUGUUUAUCGACGUUUCGCGGCUGUGUGAUAACAAUGCUGCAAUAGAAUCUGGCAGCGCCGAUCGCAAGUAUUUCCCGAAAUACGCUGAUCAACAUCCUAAAGGAAGUGUUGGCAGACAUUCCGCACCAAAUUCAGUUGCACGGUUGUUUAAUAACCACUCUGCACGAUUCUCUCGUUACGCUGAGAAUUUCAUUCACGACAGGCUGAAGUAUACGCAGUACCGUAAAAUGUUGGGGAAAAGGCCGCGCCAAAAACGUGCUGCCGUCUACUUGAAUCGCAAGGAAGCUGCAAGCAACGAAGCGUAUUUUCCAAUUUGGAUCGGACACCGAUUCAGCACCUCUAUUACAAGCUUCCCUCACCACAAUCGGUCAAUAUCCCCCGAUGAGCCGGAUUUCUUACGUCAUUCAAAAUUACCUCACUACAAACAGCCCCUAUCUCCCGAUAAGCUGAAGUUCUCACGUUCCCAUGCAAGAUUCCCUCCCUACACACAGUCUAUGUCUCUCGAUAAGCCGGAGUUCUCAAGUCACCAUUCAAGAUUCCCUCACUCCAAACAGUCGGUAUAUCCCGAUAAGCCGGAUUUCUCACGUCACCAUUCAAGAUUCCCUCACUCAAAACAGUCGGUAUAUCCCGAUAAGCUGGAGUUCCCUCGUCACCAUCCCAGAUCAAAGAAGCGGCAGCGUGUAAAACGGGCAGCCUUCGACGCCUUGAUGAGCAUGAUCGCCAAUAAGUGGGCCAAAUCGAACAACGAUGAGGCCGAGGAAACGUUACAUACCGAUCAUUCGGAUCCCGAGCUCGACUCUCAAGAAUCAGUCGAACAAUCGUCCCGAAUGGGACCACCGGUGGAAUAUUCAUCCUCACACCUUCCGAAAGAACCCCGCAUUUUCGAUCCAGAGCCUAACUCGCACUCGCGUGAAGCUUUCAACUUCGUCAAGCAAGGCACAAGAUUUCGAGCGAACGAAGUAGAGCAUCCGUUUCUGAGUCUCUUGAGACAAUAUUCCCAAGGGACCUCCAAGUCGAGUCACUUUGACGUGAUAGCGCACGAGCUGCAUAGUAAGAUAUCCGAGCUGUGCGCGUCGUUUCACGCCGCCUGGUUGCAUACCCUCACGGCGACAACGGAAAGCGCGAAGCCGUCCGCCGCUACAACGGAGAAGUCAGUGCUCACGAGCGUUGGGAAACCUCGCCCUUCGCAGCUGACGGAUCGUAGGCCGAAACGUAGUUAUGCUGAUGAAAGAACCGUAAAAAGUUCCGACGAUCAGAUAACCUAUGAAAGUAACACUCGGCCCGGAGGAUCACCUUCUUAUCGUAAACCUCAAAUAAAAAUAAAAUCCAAAAAUGACAGAAGAAAACGCGCAUAUCCCGAGUAUCUUCCGUUAUCAGCAGGAGGGAAGGAAAGCACCAAGUCCAAGACCGGCGUCUCGAUUUCCCCGACGAGGAAACACAUAAUGCGGCUGGAGCGUAAAUCAGGACCUGCUCUCGAUGCAUCGUCCCCUUCGAAGCCGCAGAAUCUCAUUAAGUCGAUCGAAAACUUUAAAAAACUGGCGAAACUCGAUCUGGAGCAAUUAGAGAAUAUCGAUCUUGAGGAUGGUUUCGCUAUAGAUGAGCUGGACGCGGACGCGCUGGUCAGCCCCUCGCCGUCGGAUCCAACUGAAGAUCUCGUCGAAAUCCACGCGCUGUCCUCGAACACUGAAGCAACGCCUUCGACUCGAGGUAACGCUAAGAGUACUAACGUUAAUAGUAGUAACGUGAAGAGCACUAACGUGAAGAGGCCCAACGCGAAGAGUACUAUCGCGAAGAGUACUAUCGCGAAGAGUACUGACGUUAAGAGUCCUGACGUUAAGACUACUAACGUGAAGAGUACUGACGUUAAGAGUACUAACGUGAAAAGUAUUGACUCGAAGAGUAAUGACGUGAUCAGUACUAACUUGGAGAUUCAUAACGUAACUUUAAGAACGUAUUCGCAGUCAUCUAAAGACUCCUAUUCGAGAAUUAACAGAACCACCGAAAACCUCGCGGAAGAAUCCGGAAUCUGUCAACCUUGCCAAUCCACUCCACUUCCUUCAGAGGUGAAGAUGGGGGUUUCGGAUGAGGACUUAGCGUUAACUUCAACAUCUCUGAAUGAAGGACUUGAGCAAGGGCUCGAGGAAUCCUACCCUACGUUCCCGACGCCACCGCAUUCGUUCGAUAAUGUAUCAAGUUCAACACUGCAAAAUGAAUUGGAGUCGGCAGUUAAGGGAGUGAAACCAACUGAUAGUACUGUAUCUAGCAACGGAAGGGAAGCGUCUGUAGAGUUUUACCCUCCUCGCUUGACUGUAACAGACGAAGUUGAAUCGGACAAGGUGAUAAAUUAUCCGAACCCGUCUGAAAGUUCUGAUGAAAUGGAGGAAGCCACUGAAAGCAAGAGGAAGGUACCAUUGUCUCAGGUUGAUUCUUACGAUUCGCGCGCUGGUAUUCAUAGUAACGGAACUGAUGAUACCGAAUUAGUGGAAGAAAUUGAUGUAUUUAAAACUGUCAAUACUCAGGGGUUAUCGGAGUUUCCUGUUGAUGAAACACUGCCUACUUUUCCGGUUCAAAGUACCCGUGAGCCAAAGGAAUCCCCCGAUGAUGAGCCUUUCACCACGUUUCCAGGUAAAAUCAACGAGGGACCACCAGAUAACCAGGAGGCAACUGGAUCUCCUCAUUUUAAGACACCGUCUCCUGUACUGAUUUCGCCCGUAAAUUCCGUAAGGAAAUCGGAGGCAGAGCGAAUAGUGUCCCCCGCAUUCAGAUUGAUUUCUAGCGGUUCCCCGGUCGAACCCUUCAACACUGAUGUCAUAACCGAGCCUCCGGUGAUUCUAAGUAAUGCCAGAAGUAGUGAUAUCGCAGAGGAUGAUAUCUCCUGGAGGUCUAUUGGGGUCCGUGAGCCUGAUAUCUCAGAGGACGCGAUCGGGGCCUUCCCGACACCCCCCUCUGAUCUUGUAGAGGAUGAUAUCUCCCGGAAGUCUACAGGGGUCCGUGGACCUGAUAUUUCUGAGGACAAGAUCGGGGUCUUCCCAACACCCCCUUCUCUUCCAGACGCAGCACAGAGACCAUUCAUCCAUGCGAGUGAUCAAGACACCAACACGCAAAUAAAUGAAUCCAAUAGACUGACGCUGAAAAAGUAUUAUCAGACGUAUCCCGCCGAUAAAUUAAAAUCCGCGGAGGUUAGCGAACGAAUGUUCUACACGCGGAAUCCUCCGACGUGGAGAGGUCACGACCCCUCCACGGUGUAUCCGACCCCCGAAAUAAUACCCCCUUUCACUCAACGACCGAUCUCGAAGUCUGUGCCCACGGUAGUGUCAUCAACCAUUCAGGAUGCAACUGGAGAUCUCAGACGUAUUCUUUGGCAACCCUCUUUAUUUGAAGAUGUCCGCAAUGACGUGAAUCAUCGCCGCACGCGAUUCUACAAUCGGAGCAAUCGACCACAAUCCCGGCUCUACGUCAAGGAAGAUACGAUUUCGAAAGAAGGUGCUACGGAUUCGGAAGGUGUGGUCAUCGGAGGGUCGUCCAUCGAGGCAGCGAAGCCGGAGAUCGAAGAAUUCGUCCGGCUUAGUACGAGGUCGAAGAAAAGGAAACGUUUACCCAAGGUGAGGACGACAUCAGAGGUCAGUUUUUAUUGAUAGAAAUUCGUAAAUUUAUCGAUUAUUUGUGAUCUUUGUUAUUUGUUAUAAAUCUACGUUUAUGAUGUUCUCAAAAUAUAUUCUAGGGGUGCCCUGGUAAAAAUUGGCAGUAGAAUCUGUGUUCCAAAAUACCGUAGACCUACA